UUCAUUCAGAGUCAUAACAAUAUACUGAACGAGUUUCGUUAGUCGUUAUCUGCAUAAAAUCAGCUUCUUAAGCCCUCCGUCUGCGGAGGAUUCAUCAUUGCGUUUAAAUAAUAGAUUGUCCUGCUGUGUUGGAACUUUUUUUGCGUAUGUUCACUUCAUUUAGUAACAAAAAUUCUCUUUAAUCAAAAAGUUCUCCAUCCGGAUAUAUGUUUUAUAUCUAUUAGAUGAUUGACUUAAAACACCUGCUUCGUUAUAUCACAUUAAAGGGAAGAUCUUUGAAACCUAGUAAAGAACAUUUUCAAUUGCAUUACUUGGUCGUAAGAACAAAAUGACAGCUAAAACUUUCACAAGCCGAGUUAAAUUUCUAAUCAGUUUUCUUCUUUUUGACAUUUAUGUCACUUGGGCGCUUGAAAUCGAAUCCGAAUGCAGGAAUAACUUGUUCAGUUGUGGAAUCUCAGUGCCGAAGCAGUUCGGAAAACAACUGUUGAAUAUUUACUAUACAGGGAAGUCAGAAUCAGGCUGUCACUACAAAGCAUCGAUGAUCAAGGCUGACUCUUAUUUGUAUUGUGCCGAAGGUAAUUUCUGCGGGUUGAUUUUGACCAAAAAGGACAUUACUCAUGUCGAGAUAGAAGACUUUGACAAUGUGAAGAUGUGUCAAGUGUAUGGGCGGUCGAAAGAAAAAUGCAAAGACGUGGCUGACCACAUAAUCCUGACAGGUAAAGAACAAUGUCCCAAUGUCGACAACCCAUGUCACAGGACUCAAAUUUGCGAUGACUCAGUCAUCGGCGGAUUCCAGUGUCGUUGCGACCCAAACAAGCCCGAACUAACCGAAAUAAAAGGCGCUUGUUUGAAUCCAGAUAUCUGGAGAGCGGCAGGACCCAACAGCCUAGGCUUCAAAGCUGUGCACGUUGCCAGUGAAACAAUGAUCUACGAAGACGCGAAAGAGUAUUGCGAAGGAAUGGGAGGGUUUUUGCCCAACUAUUACACCCGAGAAGUGGAGCAGGCAGUGAAUACAGUCCCACCUUCGAAAAUAUAUGCUGGGUGGUACUGGCUCGCUUUUUCUGAUUCAGUAGAGGAGGGAAAGUGGGUGGACCAGCUCACUGGGAGAGAGGUGAACUUGACCAACUGGGCAGUCGGCGAGCCUAACGGUCUUGAAGCAGAAAACCAUGUAGGCUAUCUGUGUCACAUGUUUGGUCCUCAAUACAAAUUCCACAUCAACGAUUUCGAUGGGAGUGGAUCAAAGCGUGCGAACGUUCUUUGUUAUCUGACGUGA